UUUGCGCAUAUAUAGGAAUGUAUGGCCCUGAGUGAGUGAGUCAUUAAACAUUAAGACUUCACACAGAGAGGUGGAUGAGCUUCAUCACUCCAUGUCCAUGGCUUACACGAACAGUAGCCUCCACAACUCUUCCCAAGGUUGGGAUUGUCACGGCCACCUUGGAGUUCUCAACACAGACAGAAUGUCUUUAGCUAUGGAUGAGUACAUGAUGAUGAACGCAGCAUUUUGCUCAUCACCUCAUGUAGAUCAGUCAGAUUUCUCGACGGGGUACUUAGAAGACGCUUUGGUUGAAUUUGGUGAGCGAUCCAAAAGGAGACGCUUGCUCGUGUAUACCAAUGAUGAUAACGAGCUCAAAGACUCCACUACUAUUCUUGCGAAGAGAAACUGGAAUUCAAACUGGGAAUUAGCUGAGAAUUUUGAUUGCAUGAGCCAGCUAACUACUUCCAGUACUGGGCUAUCAGUUCUACUUGGUGAUCCUUUAUGUAUAACCAGACCAAUGAACAGACUCGUUUCCGAGGAGAUCACAAAUGACAUCGUCAACGCAAAGAUAAACACACCAGAAGAGCCAACAAUGUCAGCUCCUGAAGCUUUUGAUUCCUCCUCUUCUUCUUGCAAAGACUCGGCCAACACCAACUCUGAUUAUUUACCUACUCCCAAAGAUACCCUUUUUUCCAAUAUUGCUGCUCCAGCUGCCGGUGGUGGUGGUGAUGAAAAGAGAAAAAAGAAGAAGAGGGUGAUAACAAGGGUAGUUUAUCCAUUUGCGUUGGUGAAGCCGGGCGGAGUAGAUGGCGACGUCACCUUAAGCGACAUCAACGAGAGGAUCCUGAUGCCACCAACACGGCCAGUACGACACCCAGUUGGGGACUUUGCAUGUCGGCCAUGCGUGUCUGCGGAUGGCCCUGGCCUUUCUGGUAAAGCUGUGGUGGCCCUUACCAGAAUUCAAACCCAGGGCAGAGGCACAAUCACUAUUAUCAGAACCAAAGGUUGAAAUAAUCAUCGUCAUUUAAUUAGUUAAUGCCCUCGGUGCUAGCUAGUUACCAUGCAUGAGUUCGAUCCAUCUUUGAUUAAUUAGCUAAUUAAUUAGUUUAAAUUAAUAUGUCCGAUCUGUCUGAAUUGUAUAGAAAACCCUAUAUAUGUUUUCACAGUCCAUGUGUUAUGGUUUUACUUUUACGAACACAAGUAAGAGUUGUUAUUUAUUUA